AUGACAACUUCAACUACCUUGGACCGCUACAAACUGGUCUUCUUUGUCCCACCCUCUGACUUGGAGCCCUGCAAGGAUGCAAUCUUCGCAGCAGGUGGAGGAUCUUUCCCAGGAGGAAAGUACACCAAAUGCUGUUUUCAAACCACUGGCAUGGGCCAAUUUCUUCCAAAUAAAGGUGCAGACCCGGCGGUCGGCGCAGUCGGUGUUGUUGAACACUGCGAGGAGGUCAAGGUUGAGAUUAUGUGCCUAGGUCGGUCUAUUAUGCUGAGGGCUGUUGAUGCUUUGGUCUCAGCUCAUCCGUACGAGGAGGUUGCUUAUGAGGUUUAUCGUAUGGAGAAUGUGUAG